AUGAAGGAUUUUAUUGAAAUAAAGCUUAAGUUAUUAUUUCUGAAUCUACUCCCCAGAUUUCAGCCAAUAAACAAAUACUGGGACCUCCAUUCUUUACCAUCUGACCCGAAGCACAAAAUCAGUUCUUCUGCAAGGUUUACUCUGCUUGCUCCAGACCUGCUGAGGACAGACAGUCCGGAGAACAUCUACCUGCAGUACGAAGGCAGUCUGUCCAGCCCUGUCACUGUCUUAAUCUCCAUCCAGGACUUCAGUAAGACAACCACGCUCCUCCAGGACUCCGUCAGACUCGAACCAGGAAAUGGCUAUCACGCUCUCAAGACUAUACAGCUGUCCUCGGACCAUUUCGAUCGUGAAGACAAAAAGAACCACUUUGUGUAUCUGACCGUGAGGUUUGAGGACUAUCACUCUGAGGAGAGGGUAAUGAUGGUGUCUUUUCACUCUGGAUACAUCUUCAUCCAGACAGACAAACCCAUUUACAAGCCUGGAGAUACUGUACGGUUCAGAGCCUUUGUGUCCUCUCCAGCCUUUAAGGCCUUUGACAGCUCUAUCACAAUAGAUAUCCAGAAUCCAGAGGGUGUGGUGGUUAAGCAGAUCUUCAGAGUCAGAGCUGUUGAUGGCAUCCAUAGGGAAACUUUCAUUCUCUCCGAAAUUGUCAAUGAAGGAACAUGGACGGUGGUUGCCAAGUUUGACCACCGGCAGCAGAACACAUUCACCUCCCAGUUUGAAGUGAAGAAAUACGUGCUCCCAGCCUUCAAUGUUACAUUGACACCCAGGAAGUCCUUCCUCGACCUGGAUGACCGUGAGCUGGUAGUAGAGAUCUCGGCCAGGUACCUAUAUGGGGAGUCGGUCCAGGGGACGGCCUAUGUAGUGUUUGGAGUGAAGACGAACAACGAGAUGAGAAGGUUACCUUCAGUGAAGCAGGUGUCAGAUCUGGAUGGAGGAAUCAUCAGGCUGAGCAUGGAGGAGAUCAAGAGAACUUUUCCUGACAUCAGAUCUUUGGUGGGCGACUCUGUGUAUGUCAAGGCCUCUGUCCUCACCAAGUCAGGCAGUGACCUGGUUGAAGCCCAGAAGACCGGCAUUAAAAUUGUGGAGUCUCCUUAUGUUGUAUCCUUUAAAGACAUAUCAAAGUACUUCAAGCCAGGUCUACCCUUCGACUUCACAAUCCAGGUUAGCCACCAUGAUGGUUCCCCAGCCCGUAACGUCCCGGUAAAGCUGAAUCUGCUGGACGAGCCCCUGGUCGUCAGCUCCGGCACAGCAAGAGCUACCAUCAACAUGCCCAACGAUCAAAGCCCAAAAACCAUCAUUGCUGAGACCACACAGGCCGGCCUGAGACCAGAGCAGCAGGCCAAACAACAGGUCAAUGUUCAGCCCUAUGUCCCCUAUAGCAUGAGCCAACGGAAUUACCUAUACAUCUCCACUGGGACCAAUAUUGUGUCUGUAGGGGACAGCCUGUCCAUGUCACUGACCAUCAGUGCUGCAGACCAGGACCACAGAGACCUCAUUAAGCAAAUCACCUACAUGGUGCUCAGUAAAGGCAAAAUCAUCCUUGCUAAGCGUGUGGAUGUGACUGGUCACGUGUCAACCCAUGUCAGGCUGACGGUCACCUCGGAGAUGAUGCCGUCGUUCCGUUUCGUGGCGUUCUACACCAUUCCCUGGUCCAGGCGUGAAGAGGUGGUGGCUGACUCUGUGUGGGUGGAUGUGGUAGAUUCCUGUGUUGGAGGGCUUAAAGUUGGGCCGGUGGACGGCAUACCUCGUGACUACGAGCCAGGGAAGACCUUUGAUUUCAAGGUCAGAGGUGACCCAGGGGCAAAAGUCAGUCUGGUGGCUGUGGACAACGCUGUGUAUCUGCUCAACAAGGACAGACUCACACAGAGGAAGAUUUGGGACGUGGUGGAGCAUGGCGACAUAGGCUGCACGCGAGGGGGAGGCCGAGAUGCCAUGAAGGUGUUCACAGAUGCAGGAGUGCUCUACACCUCCAGCGCUGGGUUCAAAACCCAAGCCAGACAAGCCCUGCAGUGUCCAGGCAGUGCCAGAAGGAGACGCUCUGCCGAACUGUUACGACGUAAAGCCCAGCUGGAGAGUCACUACAAGGAAAAGCUGCAGCACCGUUGCUGUAAGGACGGCCUGAGGGAGAUCCCCAUGCCGUACUCGUGCACGCGACGCUCCCUCUACAUCACUGAGGGCUGGGAGUGCAUCCGAGCUUUCCGCUACUGCUGCGCCACCUACAGGGACCAGGUGUUUGAUACCGAGAUUCCCACCACCCCACAACCCACCACCCCACAACCCACCACCACCCUUCCACCCAGGCCCACUUAUCCAUCAUUUGAUCGUAGUUUUAUGGGUCUCGGCAGAGAGAGGAUACCCCUCUCCCGGCACAACUUUGAUUGGGGAGCUAGACGUGAAUCACCUAGGCUAUCUGCACGUGAAGGGCAUUUUUCCUUUACGGAUAACAACAAAAUGGGAGAAGAGAGAAGGGUAAUGAUGUCGAGUCCUGUGAUGGAGGAAGAGGAAGAGGAGGAGGAGGAGGAGGAAGAUUGGGAUUACCUGGAUGAGAGUGAGGUGUAUCUGCGCUCCAAGUUCUUCGAGUCUUGGCUGUGGAAGGAUGUUGACCUGCCCAGCGAGGCCGACAGAGACGGAUUGGCGUCUGAGACUGUGAGUCACCCAUUACCUGACAGCAUCACAGAGUGGGGAGUUAUGGCAGUCAGUACAUCACCUCAAACAGGUUUCUGCGUUGCCCAGCCUUACAACAUCAGAGCAUGGAAACGUUUCUUUGUGGACCUGAAGCUGCCGUAUUCAGUGGCGAGACACGAACAGAUUGUGAUUAAAGCCGUGGUCCAUAACUACGGCUAUGAUGACCUGGAUGUGCAGGUGGUGCUGAUGAAGACCGAAAACAUGUGCAGCAUCGCCUUCAAGGGCAGACACACACAGGAAGUUACGGUGUCGGCAGGCUCUUCUGUAGUGGUGCCUUACACCAUCAUACCGCAGAUAGUGGGGAAGCUUCCUCUGGAGGUGAUGGUGGUAGGCAGGGACAUAGGAGGAGAUCGCAUUCAGAAAAGCCUAAAUGUGGUGUUGGAAGGAGUGCAGAAAACUGAAGUUUGGAGUGUGGUGUUGAACCCGUCUGCUGAAGGAGGAAUGCAAACAGUUCGUAUGGGCAAGAUUGAACUGGAGUCAGUUGUGCCAAACUCUGUGCCGGAGACAUUCAUCAAUGUCAGAGGGAAUGUGUUGGCAGACAGCAUUGACAAUUCUAUCAGUGAGGACUCUCUGGCGUCUCUAAUCCAGAUGCCUGGCGGCUGUGUGGAGCAGAACUUGGCCCGCAUCACUCUGCCGCUCAUCGCCACCCUCUACCUGGACCGAACCAACAACUGGGAGAGCGUGGGGGUGCAGCGCAAGGCCGAGGCUCUCCGCUACAUCAAGAGAGGCUACGAGAACCAGCUGGAAUACAGAAAGAGUGAUGGCUCCUACCCCCCCUACAGGAGCGAAGGUGCAAGCACAUGGAUCACAGCGUACGUGGUGAAGGUUUUCUCCAUGGCUUACUCCAUCGUUGGCAUCGACAAGCAACAAGUGUGUGACCCUCUGCUCUACCUGGUGAACAACAAACACAAUUCUAGGGGACACUUCGUGGAGGACAACCCAGUUUACAGCACUACCAUGAUUGGUGGUCUCCGUGGUGAUGACCCUCAGACGACCCUUACAGCCUUCGUCCUCAUAGCGCUGGCUGAGGCGCAGCAGGCGGGAAUCCGCUGCAGUGGUCAAAACAUAGAGGUAAUUAUGCAUAAGACAGCCCAGUACCUGAAGCGUGCACUGAUGACGCCGGGGAGGAGACCAUACACGGUGGCCAUUGCCUCAUACGCACUGGCUCUGCAGAGAAAAGUCUUCAACCCGACACAAAUUUUACUGAAAGCUGCAGCUCCAGGUGGCAGCUACUGGCCCGACAGUCAGAACACCUUGUUCGCCCUCGAGGGGACCGGCUACGCCUUGCUGGCUCUAGUGAAGCUGGGCCGCAUGGCCGAAGCUGCAGUGCCCUUCAAAUGGCUGAACAGCCAGCGGAGGAGAGGAGGAGGCUUCGGGUCUACUCAGUCCACCAUGGUGGUACUCCAGGCGCUGUCAGAGUAUCUGAUCAACAAACCUCCUCCCGAUGACCUCAGUCUGGAUGUGGACGUCAAAAUAACGGGGCGCAAGGAAAUCUUGUACCAUUUCAACCCCAUGACUGCUUAUGCUGCUCGCUCUACCAGGCUGCCUGCUGAUCUUGGCCUGGCUGUUGAGGCUCGAGGGAACGGACAGGGAAUACUGGAGGUCGUGACCUAUUACAACCAAGUGCAUGAGGUGGAUGAGAAAAUGCCCUGCAAGCACUUUGAGCUCAGUGUCACCAUCGAGGAAUCAAGCGAAAAGCCUCCAGAAGAUGUAGAAAAGUCCUACCAGAUCACCAUCAAAGUGAAGGCUUUAGGACCCAGCGAUGUCAGGAUGGUGGUCCUGGAUAUCAGUCUGCCUACCGGCUUCACCCCCGACAACUCAGACCUGGAGAUGUUGUCCAACUCAGUGGACCAUUACAUCAAUAACUUCAAGAUUGUUGAUAAUCUAAGCGACAGAGGCUCUCUGAUCAUCCACCUGUUCAAGGUGUCUCAUAAAGAGCCAGAGAUCCUGAUCUUCAGGCUUCAGCAGAGCUUCAAAGUCGGCCUCCUCCAGCCAUCCUCAGUCACUGUCUACGAGUAUUAUAACCCAGACCACCGCUGCAGUCGUACGUACACUCCCAGCGAGGACAUAGAGGACCUUACUCAGAUCUGCAGCGACAACGUCUGUCGCUGCACACAGGGUGACUGCUGCAUCUCCAAAACUGACAAUGAAAACUUCCCCAGCAAAGAAAGAGAGACAUUUGCCUGCAAGAAGUUACAUCAUGUUUUCCAGGUGAAGGUGCUGAGUGUCACCAAGGGUUAUUAUGACAAAUACGAGAUGGAGAUCACAAAAGUUAUCAAGCUGGGUUUGGAGGCCGGAGUGGUAGUGGGUCAGAAGAGGUUUUUUAUGUCUCAUGGAGGCUGCAGAGAUGGGCUCAACCUGAAGCAGGGCUCUCAGUACCUCAUCAUUGGCCCCAAAGAGGACCAGUGGAAUAUUGAUAGCAGCACAAACGGAUUCAACUACAUAUUAGGGAAGGACACCUGGGUGGAGCGCUGGCCUUCAUCUGCAGAGUGCUCCAGCAAUCCCAGCCUGCAAGCUAAAUGCCAGAGCCUUGAUGAUACUGCAGAGGAACUGUCUGUCAACUCCUGCAGGCUGUAGACGUGUCUGAGAAGCGAUAUUGUGUUGGAAAGAUGAAAAAUAACUGUGUACACAAGGAUUUACUAGUCAUACAACCCAAUCUGUGCAAUAAGGACAUUUUAUUCAAAUGUAAUUUGUGUUUUCAUGGUGGAAAAGAGAACAGAAAGUGAUAAAGCAGUUAUAAUAUCAUGUUCCAUAAGAUUAUUCUGUACUGAUUAUAUAAUAUAAGAAUGAGGAAAAAGUAAAUACGACUGGCAACAACAAAGCAUAACAAAAUAUCCAAAUUUUCACAAUGAAUAACAUGUCUAACAUGAGCUAUGAAACAUAUUGUUGAUAUCAGGGUGUGAUAAAAACUGGAGAAAGACACCAUUUGUGUCAACCUUGAUACACAGGUCCUGUUCAUUAUGUUCUUGAGGUUUACAGUUAAACAAUUAUUCUUCAUUAUUUUUUGUGAAGAAGGUUGGCAUAAGGGCAGCAUGAAGUGUGUUUCUGUCAGAUAGAUUUUUAAGUUGAUCUAGAAGAUAGUCAGUGACUCAGCAGUCUGAACUAAACUGUGGAAACUGAAUGGGGUUUUCUUUUGCAUUGGUACUGUUGAACUUUUCUUCCUCACAUUUUCACUGUUGUCUGGACUCUCUCCAGGCUCACAUGAUUGCUUGGAGGCGAGAAUUACAAAAAAAUGAUUGGAUUUUCAAUUAUUUUACAUAAGGGGAAUUCCAGUUUCAAGAAACAUCUUAUUGUUUUUGUUUUGUUUGGUUUGGGUCAUUGUUGUUUUCAGUAGUAAUAACAUUGCACUCUCCAAGUUGAAUGAAAUAUAGGAACACAGCGGCAAGUAUUCACACAAUCAUACAGGUUUUAAACAAACAAAGUUACCAUAAUAUAAAUAAACAAAAAUAAAGAUCUAAAAUAAAAAAAUAAAUAAAAAUAAAGUGAAAUACAAUGCACACAAUGUUAUACAUUUCCUCUCAAUGUAUACAUUUAUUGUCAUAAUUAAAUUAAAACAUAUGUCAAAAGGAAAAUUCUUUAGCUUUUUUCUUUUGUUAAAGGUGCAAUA